GUCUCAUGGUCAUUGACACACCAAGCUACUAUCUUCUUGGAUGCAGCAAUUAAGAAAUUUUUCUCUGGUAAAGUAAAUAUAAAGCUCAUUUAGUUCUAAGCCUAGGGCUAUGACUUCAACACACCAACCCAGACAACCAGAAAAAGCUAGCUAGGUAAGUUAAGUCCAUUCUUUUGACUGACUUCCUUCUGGCACUGACUCAAGGUCCUUGACAGUCACCACCUAACUUGAGUUGCCAGUAGCUUCCUGACUCCUCUGGGAUAUUCUCAACUAAUGCACUGAAAGUGGAAAACUUUCCCAUUCUUCUCCAUCUUUGUGGGAUGGUUCCGAAAGAGGAACAGGAUGCUGCUGAACAGUCAUCUUAUUUUCCAAGCCCUGACAAGGACACACUCCAAGUCCCAGACGCAAAAGAGUGUGCCACCAGAAAGUUUCCUUACUUUCCGAGCACUGAAAAGGAGUCACUCCACCUCUCAAGGCUUCCAGGAUUUGCAGAUGAAACGACAUCAUCAAAAAGGAAUUUCUGCUGCCGUGCCUUUGGGAACAUCUUCCCACACCUCUUUUUCAUCUCUGUCAUGGUCAUCUAUGCCUUUCUGGGAGCAGUCCUCUUUCGUGUUAUUGAGAGUGGUACAAAUGACAGCAAUGUUGAAUUUGAGGCAUUUUUGAACGAACUCUGGACUUUCUGUGAAAGAAAUAAAGCAGGAUCAGAGAAAGAGAGAAAGACGAGCUUCAUGACAGUGACCAAAAAGAUGAUACAGGAUGAAGUGAAGCAUGACUGGCUCAUCAGCUCCAAGGACUGGUCAUUCAUGGAAUCCCUGUUUUUCUGCUGUACUGUAUUUACCACAGUGGGUUAUGGCAAUAUCUAUCCCAGAACAAGACUUGGAAAAAUUGUGUGUGUGCUGUAUGCUCUCUUUGGGAUACCUUUAAUGUUCUUGGUUAUGACAACUGUUGGUGACAUCCUAGCAUGGAUCCUGUCUACGAUUUACAGUAAUUACAAAAAUUGUCAUAUCCUUAAUUUCAUACUAUCACAAACCAGAGGGCAUAGAAAUACAAACAUGAACUCUGAUCCUUCCAAUCACGUCCUUCCUCAUACUGAGGUAGAAAAGUCAGGCCAUAACUUCAAAGUGCAAAAAGACAAUAAAACAACUCGUAAACAUCCAAAGGAACAGCAGAAUAUGGAACUGUUCGAAAAGAUUGUGAGGAGAGAGAAUGAAAACAUGUUGUAUGUCACUCCUCAAACACAAAGGAGCAUUUCAUGUCCUGAGCUGGGGGAGAAUAUAAAAUUAUAUCACUCUAGUCACAAAAGCUUGAGAGAUGUAGGAAAAAUAGUUCAUCACUUUGAUAUCCCCAUUCUAAUAAUUGCCUGUAUUGUGUUUGCCUACAUCUCCUUAGGAGCAGCAAUUCUACCAUUUUGGGAAACUCGAUUGGACUUUGUGACUGCAUUUUAUUUUUGUUUUAUAACAUUUACUACAAUUGGGUUUGGGGAUAUUGAGUUGGACAAUACCUCUCACUUUCUCUUGUGCUCCAUAUAUGUUAUUGUUGGCAUGGAAAUUGUCUUCAUCACUUUCAAACUGCUCCAGGACAGAUUGUUCCAUGUUUACGAAACCAUCGUAAUAUUUGUCACAAAAUGGGAGGCUGACUAGCCAAUAGAAAAGUGAAGGGGAUGCUGGGGUUAAUUUGCAUAACUCUACAAGGAAUUUAAUAUUCAUUAAAUCCCAGAGUUGGA